CUUCGCUGGACACGCCCCCGGCAGUGGUCGUCUUCAGUGAUUCCGAAGUGGAGCACCUGGUGUGCGGCGUACUGAGCGUGGCGUGUCAUCCUGCCGCAAGACCGGAUCAGGUGAAGGAAAAGAAACUGCUCUGGACAGGCUGCCAGGUCAUCACAGACCACACUGACACGUAAAGAAUGAAGGCUCUAAUUCUAGUUGGCGGCUAUGGGACAAGACUUCGGCCGUUGACACUCAGUGUCCCCAAACCACUGGUUGAAUUCUGCAACAAACCAAUCCUGCUGCACCAAGUUGAAGCGUUGGUCAAGGCAGGUGUAAAUCAUGUCGUUCUAGCCGUGAGUUACAUGUCUGAUCUACUGGAACGGGAAAUGAAGGCCCAGGAAGAGAGGUUAGGCAUUCGGAUCUCUCUGUCCCAUGAAAAGGAGCCGUUGGGAACGGCGGGACCCUUAGCUUUGGCACGAAAUCUCCUGACUGACAACUCUGAUCCUUUCUUCGUCCUCAACAGCGAUGUCAUCUGUGACUUUCCAUUUGAGGAGAUGGUGAAGUUCCACAAGAACCACGGCAGGCAGGGAACCAUUGCUGUGACAAGAGUUGAAGAACCAUCAAAGUAUGGAGUGGUGAUCUAUGAGGGGGACAGUGGACAGAUACACCGCUUUGUGGAAAAGCCGCAGGUGUUUGUGUCCAAUAAGAUUAACGCCGGCCUGUAUAUCUUUAGCCCAUCCAUGCUGGACAGAAUACAACUGCGGCCCACGUCCAUCGAGAAGGAGAUUUUUCCAGUGAUGGCACAGGAGGGACACCUCUACGCAAUGGAGCUGGAAGGGUUCUGGAUGGACAUCGGGCAGCCCAAAGAUUUCCUGACAGGCAUGUGCUUAUACCUGCAGUCUUUGCGGCAGCAGAGCCCUGAACGUCUGCGCACUGGCCCCGGAUUCCUGGGAAAUGUGCUAGUGGAUCCUUCUGCACAAAUUGGCAACAACUGCACCAUUGGCCCCAAUGUGACAAUUGGGGCAGAUGUGGUCCUUGAAGAUGGUGUCAGGAUCAAGCGCUGCACUGUGCUACGAGGAGCCCGAGUACGAUCUCACUCCUGGCUUGAGUCUUGCAUUAUUGGUUGGAGUUCUUCAGUGGGACAAUGGGUGCGCAUGGAGAAUGUGACGGUGCUUGGAGAGGACGUGAUCGUCAAUGAUGAACUGUAUCUGAAUGGCGCCAACGUCCUGCCACACAAGUCCAUUGCAGAAUCGGUGCCUGAACCUCGCAUCAUAAUGUAGGGCCUGCACGACUUCAGCAGCCAAAGCUUUGGCCCCGCGGAUGGCAGUAGUGAACACAGCGACAGAGAAGCAUGUGUUGUGACGUCUGCCUCACUGUGAUAAAAA